UCAAAACACACACACAUACUCACACCGUUGUAUUUCAUAAUGUAAUGGAGCUUAAUUUAUGGAAACAUUAGACGUAUUUGAUCCUGCGCAUUAUUUCUGGUAUAUUUGGACUAAUCGGACAGGUAAUAAUGCUGCUGGCUCAGAUAAAUCAGUCAGCAGAUUUCCAGCAUGAGGAUGAUUCUCAGGAGGUCACGCUCUGCCUAACGGAGACUGUGGGGAUUGCAGAUUGUGAUCAGAGCAUGGACACGGUCAGUUUGCAGGCUGUGACUUUAUCAGACGGCUCCACUGCAUAUAUACCUCACAAUCCUCAAGACAACAGUAUAGUUGAAGGCCAGGUGAUCCAGUUAGAAGAUGGCUCCUCUGCUUAUGUGCAACACAUUGCGGUUCCAAAAGCAGAUGAGCCAAACAACUGGAUGGGCUCCUCUGUCUGUGAUGUUGUUGGUAAUGAGAGUUUGAGACUGGAGGAUGCUCAGACCGUUCAGCUGGAAGAUGGAACUACUGCCUAUAUCCACCACACCACAAAAGAUGUGUAUGAACCCAGUACACUGCAGGCGGUGCAGUUAGAGGACGGUUCCACUGCUUAUAUUCAGCAUGCCGUUCAGGUGUCACAGCCAAACACCAUUCUGGCCAUCCAGGCAAAUGGCACAGUAGCAGAUUUACACACGGAUGCAGCCAUUGACCAGGAAACAAUGAAUGCUUUGGAGCAGUACACGACCAAGAUUGAGGAAAUUGACUCGUACACAAACCCUGAGCUGAUCAGCAAUGAUCCUCAAGGUGUUGUGGAGAUGCAGAUUGUUCUUCAGGGUCAAGGAAUUCGGCGUAAUGUGCAGUCGCCCGGGGAGAAAUGUUUCCGGUGUAAUUAUGACGGAUGCGGAAAGCUUUACACCACUGCUAAUCAUCUUAAGGUACAUGAAAGAGCACAUACAGGGGACAAGCCAUACUGUUGUGACUUACCUGGCUGUGGAAAAAAGUUUGCAACAGGUUAUGGUCUGAAAAGUCACAUCAGGACACACACUGGAGAAAAACCGUAUCGCUGUCAGGAGCUGGACUGUAAAAAAUCUUUCAAGACCUCAGGGGACCUUCAAAAACACACCAGAAUACACACGGGAGAGAAGCCAUUUCUAUGUCCUUUCCCGGGCUGUGGGCGAUCCUUCACUACCUCAAACAUCUGUAAAGUGCAUGUUCGCACGCACACAGGAGAGAAACCGUACCACUGCCCAGAGCCAGGCUGUAAUCGGGCCUUUGCCAGCGCAACGAAUUACAAGAACCACAUACGGAUCCAUACAGGUGAGAGGCCGUACGUUUGCACAGUUCCUGGUUGUGACAAGCGCUUCACGGAGUACUCAAGUCUAUACAAGCAUAAUGUAGUGCACACUCCCUGCAAACCCUACAAGUGCAAUCACUGUGGAAAAACCUACAAGCAGAUUUCCACACUGGUCAUGCACAAGCGCUCCGCACACAACGACUCCGAGCCUAUAGAAGAGGAGAUGGAGGGCUAUUUUGAGCCACCUUCAGAGGCUAUAGAUGACCCGUCCCUCAGCGUCAGCCCGGUGAAGUGUGAAGACUCUGGUCCUGAAAUGACUUCUGAAAUCUCAGAUGUCAGCGAACAACAGCACGUAACGCUUAUCACACAGGAUGGAGGUUCACAGGCUAUUGGAAAUGCAAUCACUAUGGUGACACAAGAUGGCAGUAUGAUCACCAUCCCACCCACUGAAUCUUUGCUGGCAUCAGCGGAGGCUCAUUCAGUUACUGUAGCCACAGAGGAUGGGACUGAAAGACAGAUGACUAUUAUGAUGCCUGAAUUAACAUCUAGGAACACACAGGAUGGAUUAUCAGCACAUCCCAUCACACUUCUGGCUACUUCUAAUGGCACACAGAUUGCUGUUCAGCUCAGUGAACAGACUUCGCUGGAAGAAGCUUUGAGAAUAGCAUCAUCAUUACAGGCAGAAGAAGCGGAGCUGGCUGAUUAACCACCUUCACCUUGAGACUGGAUUUAGUGCGGAUAGUGAUCACAUCAACUCGUGGAUCAGCUUUUGUAAUUCCCCUGAGUUUCCCCUCAAUUGUACAAAGGUCAAGUCAUGCACUAUAAUAGCAUUUCUAACAGAUUUUGAUCACACUGAUAUAGAUCUCUAAAUGGCAGAACCCUGUUUGCAUUUUUUAAAUAAACUGAUGAUGGUGAUAUU